AUGGAUGUUGUGGCUGAGAAUUUUUUCAACAUAUGCAGUAAUACUGGAGGUGAGAAAUCGACAGUGAAGCCACAAGCCCCGAUCAAACUCGAAGCCUUCAUCCUCUUUCUCUCAGACCAUCGAGAAAGAGCAAAGCAGGACUAUGAACAACUGAAGAAAACUGUUGAUGAACUGCGGGCAUCUGAGCGGGUUGAUGUUGACUACAAUUUUCGAUUUCGUUUUCCCGAUGCAUUCAAGUCAGAUGAUGCUCCUUCAUCUGGAUAUUAUUGGGUUGCUCCCCUUCCUCUUUUGCCUUUUGUCUCUUGGUUUAUCUCAGCUGAGCUGCCCCCUCCCAGCUGGGGGCUCUCUUCUGGCAUGCUCCUGGGGAUGUUUCUACUGUUUUUGCCUGCCCUCAGCUGCCCCGCUUGUUGCUGCCUACCUCGCCUGGUUCCAACUGACUGUUCAGCUGGUCAUUUUGUUGUCCAGCUGGACCCUCAGUUGGUUUUCAGCCGUUUCUCGUCUUCUGGGUUGCUGAUGGGUCCUCCUCCCUCCAUGAAGAUUUCUUCUCCCCUUUCUUCUUGUCUUGCAGGAUUAAAGCCAUUUCUGGCUUGGUCCCCUUUUGUUGCUUGUUGGGUGUGGAAACAUGUUGUUGAGCUAUACAACAUUUGUCACAGUAAAAUGGAGGAAAUUGUUCCAAAGGGCGUCACGGUGAACUGUGUUGUAAUGCGUGGAUUCAAUGACGAUGAAAUCUGUGAUUUCGUAGAUCCAACAGUAGGGGUAAUCAUAGAAACAAAUGAUGAAAAGAUUGUUGAGAAAGUGGUAUUAUGCCAUUGGAUGGAUGGUUAG